AUGGCGGCCAUCACAUCCACACCAAUAAACAGAAUUACCCGCGAUAAUUUAACAGUGCUCAUCAGGAAUAACAGGUUGAACGAGUCCUUGGAAUUUGCUUCGGAUACUGAUAAGAUGGAAACUGAUUCUCCUGUCCGAACACCUCUAAAUCUAAAGCCGAUAAGCAAAAAGCUAUUCCAUUCACCAGUCGAGGACACCAGUCCACAGAGGCCAGAGUUUGCUUCUAGGAACGAGCGAAGAAAGCAGUUAAAACGGAAAUUAAGAAGAAGAAGCCUUAUCCCGGAUGAUGAAGUGAAAAUCAAGAUGGCGUACGUUGAGGAGUGCAAUAGAGAGGGCUAUAGCCCAGAACCGUACGGGGGAAUGAGAAAAAGGGUGUUAAUCAGUCUGUUUCACAAUAAGGAGUAUUCUAUGGAUUGCUGUGAUUAG